AUGGCGCGUAGACAACAUCUCACCCUCACGGUCCUGCUAGCCAUCGUCGUCUUGCUCAGCAUAACUUACAUCUUCUCCGGCAGCUCGGCACUCAGCCCUGCACGGCUGCUAAAGUCCGGCCGCAACAGCGAAAUUCCUCUCACGGCCGAUGGUAAAAAGCCAGAUCCCGCCUCGAAGCCCGGCUUCGAAAUCGACCUAGAAGCCAUUCCGGAUCUCUCGGAAGGAGAUUCCAUAGCGCCCAAAUUGGAAAAUGCUACACUAAACCCAUCCAGAGCGGAACUCGGCCGCGCAACUUGGAAGUUCCUCCACACCAUGGUUGCCCGGUUCCCGGAUAAGCCUACAGACAGCGACCGCAAAACCCUCGAGUCCUUCUUCCUUCUCUUCGGUCGACUGUACCCUUGCGGCGACUGCGCUCGUCACUUUCGCGGGAUGCUGGACAAGUACCCACCGCAGACGAGCAGUCGUAACGCAGCCGCAGGCUGGCUGUGUGCGCUGCAUAACAUGGUAAACAAGAGGCUCGAGAAGCCAACGUUCGAUUGUACCAAAAUUGGAGACUUUUACGACUGCGGCUGCGGCGACGACAAGAAAGAGACAGAUAAGAAAGAGACAGAUAAGAAAGAGGCAGACAAGAAAGAGGCAGACAAGGGCGAGGAGGAGGACAAGAAGCAGAAGGUGACCAGGGACGAAGGUGGUGAUGCCACUAUUCCGGGGCUGGGUGGAUUGGAUAAGCAGUGGAGCAAGGCUAUUGAGGGAUUAUAG